UCCUGCCCGGGCACCUCAUGCCAGCAUGGCCCUGCCACAGCUGGCCCUGACAUUCUUCCUGGCCCUUGCUCCUCUGCUGCUGGCACGGGGACAGACGCAGCGUGGCCCUGUGACUCCGUGGGUACAUCAGGAAGCAGGAAAAUGUAAAAUUCCCUCCGACUGGGAUCCCAAACUGCGGUUUACUCCAUGGAGGAGAGACUAUGCCUUGUACGAAGUGGUGCAGGUCAGCUGUGUUGGGAGGUUUGCACCAUCUGUCCCACUGAUUCAGUGCAUUUCCAGAGAGGCCCAGAUCCAGUGGAAUGAGACUCCCACCUGCAAUGAAACAUGCCAAAGGCCUGCUUGGUGGGACCCCAGACUCCAGCUGGCACCAGCCCGUGACAGUUACACAGAGAAUGAAGAAGUGACUCUGAGCUGCAACAAUGGUUUCCAGCCGUCCUUCACCCAUGUCAAAUGUGCGAGCGGGGUUCAGACAUUGAAUUAUUCUGCAUCUCCAAAGGAAGACGUGUGGCUGGGGAGAAACAGAAGUGGUGUGUGGAUUCAAGUUCAGGGGAAUAUAGUGUGCAUUGAGAAAUGCCAGAAGCCCCAGUGGGACUCCAGGUUUAUCUUUGACAAAGAACAGGAGAUCUUCAACCCAAAUGAAGUGGUGAAGAUACGGUGUCCUGAGGGGUACUCGUCUCCACCCAUGGAGAUCAAAUGUGUGACAUUGAAGCCAAGGGAAGGUUCCAUGAUUCCUCGUAGUGGCUGGAGCAUGAGGAGUGGCACAGAUGCCUGGCACCCUGUGGAAGGGAAAUUGACCUGUGUGGAUGUCCCCCUGGUUGUCCCUAAGAUCCCGGAGAUUUCCAGCACCAGCAUCAAACUGAACUGGACCUGCAGGUUCCCUCAUAUGUGCCAGAAUAUUCGGGCCAGGUGCCAGAUGGAGUGGCAUUCCUCCUCAGACUGUGAGACUGAGGAGGUGAAGGUAGAGGAGAUGCUGCAAGGCCAGGAGGGAACUUUCAUCUGCGCCCCUCUGCAGCCCUUCACUGUCUACAGUGUCACCAUCUCCCGUCUGCCUAGCACAAUCCUGUAUGCAGACCUCUACACAACAAAGGAAAUGGUGCCAGACAAGCCAGAGAAGCUGUGGGUGGAUACCAGCACAGGGUCCCUCAGGUGGAAGGAGCUGCCCUCCUGCAAAGGGGAGAUCAUUGGAUACCAGCUGAACAUCACCACCAUGAGAGCAGAGGACGGCAGCAUCAUUGACGUCUGCCCGGUGUUGGUGAACCAGUCUGAGUAUGUGCCACCUCAUCAGACAGCUGGCAACAAAUACCUGGUGACAGUGCAGGGCCUGACAGCUGCUGGAGCUGGGCCUGCAUCACAACUGGAAUUCCAAACCUACGUCCUGGUUUCAGGGCAACCUAUGGGCUCUUGGCCUGGGUCAGCAGUGACUGUAGUCGUGGUGGUGGGGCUGUUGAUCCCCUUGUCUGCUGGGAUCAUCUGGUUCGUGCUGUGCAGAAAAAAGAAGGCCUUGCCCAGCAAAGUCGAGGAGGAUCAGUACACAGAGCUCCAGCCCUAUGAGAAUGUACAGGGGGAUAAUUACUCCGUGAUCGAAACUUUUCCUGAGAAAGAUGCAGGUAAGUGUGACCAGGCUGGAGAGCCAUUUCCCCCACCCCUGCCUGUUCGCGAGAGUCAGCAGUGAGGAAGAAGAGCAGCUGGAGUGGACAUCUGAGGCACUUCCCUUCUCAAGGCUUGGUCCUCCACCACUGGAAGCAUGACAAUGAAUUAUCUCAUGAGUUAUUGCUUCCCCCCAAAAUUUUCUUCUUCAUCAAGCUCCAGAAUCCUCUGCCACACCACAGGAGCAGCUUAAGGCAUGGGUUGACCUCCUCAUGACAGCAAGGAUGUGUCCCGGUAGUUCUACAGCGCUCUGGCAUAGCCAUCUCACCAGCGUCUUGGUGCCUGCAAAUGUUCCCUGAGAAUGGAGGAGCUCACAAUUCCUCUUUCCAACCUGUAUCCUUGUAUCCAUCUAGACCCUGUCCUCUGCUUGAGUUUGGCCUAGCUGUGCUGCCCUGGCCACUGUACUCCUGUGUCUGAAAAAACCAAUAAAUUGUUCUGGUUUGCAGGGGCUGCCUGGCCCACAAAAUCUUC